AUGUGCAUAGCGGGCGCGAAUCUUGCCGGCGCCAUGUGCAGUGACACUGCAUCAGCCGUCGACAUGGCGCCUAACGAUAAAGCGGGCCGCGUUGUAUUCAUCGGAAAUAUUCCUUAUGGCGGCACGGAAGAACUCAUCAUUGAGACACUCGGUCGCGUAGGGCAAGUCAACAACUUCCGCUUAGUCUACGACAAAGAGACUGGGCGCCCAAAAGGCUUUGGCUUCGCAGAAUUCGCCGACGCCGACGCAGCAGCUUCCGCCGUGCGCAACCUGAAUGACCACGAGAUCAUGGGCAGGAAACUACGAGUUGACUGGUCCAACGACAACGGUGCAGGCGACAACGCGCCCUCAAACCAGCCUCAGAACCCUCCCCAGAAUCAGGGCGCAUACCCACCGAUGAACGGACAGGCGCCAGAGCCAGUGCAAGCUCCUCAGUCGAGCGCACUGCCACCUCUGCCUCCAGGCAUUGACUUGCCACCGAACCUUACGUGUCCCGAUGCCAUCUCGCGCACGCUCUCCACUCUGCCCACUCCACAGCUGCUGGACAUCCUCUCCCAGAUGAAGGGUCUUGUCAUGACAGACCCAGCGAAGGCCACAGAGCUUCUACGACAAGCGCCGCAGCUCGCAUACGCCAUAUUUCAGUCGCUCCUUCUGCUCGAACUCGUAGACCCGCGAACGCUUGGCUCGCUCGUUGAGACGGCCACCGCAGCUCCAGCCCCGAUCGCACAAGCUCCGCCGAUGCAGCAACAGGCACCGCCCGUCGCUCGGCCCCCCGUCAACUAUGCUGCUCCUUACCCUCAGCAAGUUCCUACUCCACAACCGCCAGCACAUGUACCACAGCCAUAUGCUCAGCCUCCGCCCGUACAACAACCACCACAGGCACAAACCCCGGCUAUGGAACAACAGGCCAUGUUUGCCCAGAUCCUUGCUCUCACGAAUGAACAGAUCGCCGCCUUGCCUCCUGAUCACCGCAACCAGAUUUUGCAGAUUCGCAACACCCUUUUGUCUGGAGGCCGGCCUUAG